GCCUGGUUUGUUUUCAGACUUGAUCGUGCCACUUCUUUUUAGCAUUUUACCACCUCCUUUGACCAACAAUGUCGCAUGCUGGUGCACAAAAGGGCAGUCCUCUGACACUGGUGCUGAUGAUUGCUUCUGCAUCCAUUGGAGGGACUCUUCAGUAUGGAUAUAACCUGGCAAUAAUGAAUGCUCCCACAACUUUUAUCCAAAGUUUUAUCAACGAAACAUUCUUGGAGCGAUGGGACGUCCAGCUGGAGGAAUACCAGGUGACGUUAGUCUGGACAAUCAUUGUCUCCAUCUUCUCGUUGGGGGGGUUUGCUGGAGCUCUUAUUGCAGGACCUAUGACCAUACGCUUUGGGAGGAAGAAGUGCCUGCUGCUGAACAACAUUUUUCUCAUGACUGCUGCACUCUUAGCACUGACGAGUAGAACCGCCAGAUCUUUUGAGAUGAUCAUGAUCUCACGUGUCCUGGUUGGAAUAAAUGCCGGUAUCAGCAUGAAUGUGCAGCCCAUGUAUUUUGGAGAAAGUGCACCAAAGCACUUAAGAGGAGCUAUCUCUUUGUCAUCAGCUGUGUUUACAGCAUUCGGUGUCGUGUUAGGACAGGUGGUCGGACUCAGAGAGAUUUUGGGCAGUGAGCCGUGUUGGCAGUACCUUCUUGCCAGUAAUGCCAUUCCUGGACUCAUUCAGCUCCUGACCCUGCCAUGGUUCCCAGAGAGUCCCAGAUAUCUGCUCAUUGAUAGAGGAGACAAGGAGGCUUGUAUUAAUGCUCUGAGACGCCUGCGAGGCUGUGAGGUCCAGAGUAGCGAGCUGGAUGAGAUCCUGCAAGAACAAGCCGAAACCAAAGGAAUGAGGGCGAGCCACCCCUGGGAGCUUUUUACUGAUCGCUCUGUACGCUGGCAGCUCAUCUCUGUCAUGAUCAUUAGCAGUGCCAUGCAGCUCUGUGGCAAUGACUCGAUUUACUUUUAUGCAUCAUAUGUGUUUAAAGAGGCUGGAAUAUCAGAUGACAAAAUCCAGUAUGCUACAAUCGGCACCGGGACAUGUGAAUUCACAGCCUGUAUAAUGUGUAACCUGCUGGUAGAGCGCAAAGGUCGGAGGUUCAUGCUGGCAGGAGGCUUCACCCUCAUGACCUUCUGGGCUGUCGUCUUCACGAUCGCUCUGUCAUUUGAGGUAAUCAGCUUACUUUAAAUGUGAACAUCAGCUCAUUU